UAUCAGAGUUCUGCACUUCUUUAAAAGGGCUUUUUAAGCUCUUGACCAAGAAGUGUUUUCCACCUCAUCCUAGCACAUCACUCCUCAGGACAGAACUGCCUUAGACUUCUCCAAGCUGGACUUCUCUUCCUUUUUGCAAGAACACCAGAUACUUUGGAAUUAAGAGAAUUAUCAAGAUGAAAGACAUCUACACCAGCUGGAGCUGGUGCAACAAGACACUUCCUUAUGGAUUGUGGGCACAUUUCUACCAGUAAAUUGUCUGUUUGGUUUGCUUAAUGACUUCUGAAUUGCUGUAAGAAUGUGCUGAAUUUUUCUGAAGAAUUGUCACCGAAACCUGAGUGCAAAAUACCAACUGCAGAAUUUUCCAUUUCAAGAAAAAAAGGAAAAGAAAUAGAUAUACAUGACCUCUACUUGAGCUCAUUGUUCUUUACAGUGUCUUGGGUAGACUCUAUGAUGCCAGCGCUGCUGGCCAGCCUUCUGUUCCUGAUCUUCUUACAAAGGCUGGCUGUGUCCCACCUCAUGAUGGAUAUGGCUCUGCAUUCCUUUGAUGACCAGUAUCUGGGGUGCAGAGAGCAGGUAAUAGAAGAAUUGGAGAGAGGAGACUAUUUCCAAAAGGAAAUAGCUGCUAACAAGGACUAUUUGAGUGUUUGGAAAAAGGCUCAGGUGGCUUUCUUAAAGAGCCCUGUAGGUCUCCUGAGGGAUAUGCGUGAAAGCCAUGCCAUAGUGCUUAUGGCUUACACCAUGAACUCUUCCCUGCACUCCCAGCUGAACUGGGCCACAUCUACAGCAGGAAAAUCUCCAGAACACUACAGACACAAAUUCAGUUUCAAAUACUUUCACUUUUACCUAACGACUGCUAUCCAGAUAAUGAAGAAAUGGCAGAGCAACAAGGAGAGUAUGGGAAAAAACAAGUGCUACCUGGUGCACAGAGGUGUAAAAGACUUAUAUAUUGAGGCCAUGGUAGGCAGCAGAGUGAGAUUUGGCCGUUUCACCUCCACCUCCCGCCUCUGGAAUGAAGCCCGAAAGUUUGGGAACGAAACUUUGUUCACAGUUACCACUUGUAUGGGAGCAGCUAUGCAAGGCUUUUCUUUCUACACAUCAGAGAAAGAAGUUCUCGUUCCCCCUUAUGAGUUAUUUCUUGUGAAAAGCUUUUUUCGCACACAGCAUGGUAACCGACUACAUCUGCACUCUGUGGGGAACUACAGCAAGUACCACUGCCAGCUUGUGGAAGCUUCAAGAAGCAAGAACAGUGGUCCCACUGUCCUCAUCUCUGUGUUUCUUCCUGGCUUAGUUGGAAUUUUCUUGCAUAUGGUCUGCAAUCUCUGAUUUUCUGGCUGCAUCCAGGAAAGCUGACUUGCCUGCAACAGCAGCCAUGGCAGGUGUUGUGUCCAUGAGAUGCUAGAAGAUGCUGACGAUGUUGGAAGCUCGUGGGCCUGUCCCUCAGCUUAUGAUGCAGGAGGCUGUGAACUCACAGAGGCCGGGUCAGCAUCCCCAGCCCGCAAGGAGGGCCAUCCAUGACCUAAUAGAGGGGUAUGGUAAUACCCAGCCAUAACAACGUGGUUUUGAGGUAAAAAACCUGCUGAUCACCUUGGG